AAAAUUUCUCAUACAUCAUUUCAUUUUACGCAUUUUCAUCAUCACACUACCUUCUCAAAUCCAUUCAAUUCUUCCCCCUUUUCUUUUCUUUUCUUUCUGUUAAUUUUUUUUGUACUGCCAAUACUUCGAUUUCAUUUCGUCUUACAGUAUUUCUCAUUUUAUUGCACUACAUACUUUUUUCUUCUCGCCUUUUAAUCUCCGGGUUUCGUUAUCGUUUCGGGGUUUUCGAUGUUUCUUCUGGGAUAGAGUCUGUGUUAGGUUUUUUUUUUUUUUUUUCCUUUCUCCCACCUCCUCCCCUUUUUUCGUUUCGAGCUAGCUUUUGCUGAUCGAUCUGCGUUAAACGGAUAUGGGUGCCGACGGUGAUUCCAGCGAGCACCGGGUUGAUGGCGAUGCUGAAGAAGGAGGAGUUAGUGUUGCAGUUAACAUUCGAUGUUCUAAUGGGUCGAAAUUUUCUGUCACCACGAGUCUGGACUCUACGGUUGCGACAUUCAAAUCAAUUCUUGCUCAGAAUUGUGAUAUUCCAGCUGAUCAGCAGCGCUUGAUCUACAAGGGUCGCAUCUUAAAGGACGAUCAGACCUUAGUUAGUUAUGGUUUACAGGCAGAUCACACUAUUCACAUGGUUCGUGGUUUUGCCCAAGCUUCAUCAACACCUUCUGCGCCUGCUUCUAAUGUUAAUACUAGAAGUUCUGACACCGCUCCUGGAGUCACAAGAGGUGUUGGUUCUAAUGAGAGUGGUGCUUUUGGAAAUGGUGGCCUUGGUGCGUCAUUAUUUCCUGGACUGGGUUUCAAUCCUCUUGGUGGAGGUGGAGCUGGACUUCCUGAGUUUGAGCAAGUGCAACAACAGUUGACUCAGAAUCCAAACAUGAUGAGGGAAAUAAUGAACAUGCCUGCAAUACAGAAUUUGAUGAAUAACCCUGACUUGAUGCGAACCUUAAUUAUGAGCAAUCCUCAGAUGCGGGAUAUUAUUGACAGGAACCCAGAGCUUGCUCAUAUACUAAAUGACCCUGGUAUCCUUCGACAGACAUUAGAGGCUGCAAGGAAUCCGGAACUCAUGAGAGAGAUGAUGAGAAACACUGACAGAGCAAUGAGUAACAUUGAAUCUUCUCCCGAGGGAUUUAACAUGCUGAGGCGGAUGUAUGAAAAUGUCCAGGAGCCAUUUCUAAAUGCAACCACUAUGGCUGGAAAUGCUGGAAAUGAUUCGAGUUCAAACCCAUUUGCUGCUCUCUUGGCAAACCAAGGAGGUGCACAAGCGAGGAAUGAGUCCAAUAAUUCAACUACAGGAUCAGAAACAACAGGAAAUGCUGCUCCGAAUACAAAUCCACUUCCUAAUCCCUGGGGUAAUAAUGCUAGUGGAGGAACUCAGACUACAACCACACAGCCUACUCCAGCUGGUGAUACAAGGGCUCCUGGUAUUGGGGGUUUAGGAGGGGCUGGUCGUACAAAUAUGGAUCGUUUUGCUGGUGCUGUGCCAGACCCAGCUCAGUUGAAUCAGUUUCUGCAAAACCCAGCUAUUUCACAGAUGAUGCAGAGUCUGCUCUCCAAUCCUCAGUAUAUGAAUCAAAUCCUCAAUCUCAAUCCACAGCUACGAAGUAUGGUUGAUAUGAAUCCUCAAUUAAGAGAGAUGAUGCAAAAUCCAGAGUUUGUUCGCCAAUUAACUAAUCCUGAGAUGAUGCAGCAAAUGCUAUCAAUUCAGCAGUCCCUCCUCUCUACCUUAAAUCGACAGCCAUCGUCUCAAGAUGCUGCUCAAACAGGUGCUGCAGCAGGUGUUCCUAACACUGCUGGAUUAGAGAUGUUAAUGAACCUGUUUGGUGGACUCGGUGCUGGCGGUUUGGCUGCCCCGCACAAUCCAAAUGUUCCCCCAGAAGAACUAUACGCAACUCAACUUUCACAGCUCCAAGAGAUGGGUUUCUUUGACACUCAAGAGAACAUCAGAGCUCUACGUGCUACUUCCGGGAACGUCCAUGCUGCUGUGGAGCGACUGCUGGGAAAUCUCGGACAGUAAAAUUGAUAAAUUACCUACUUUUCUUCUUUUAAAAAUUUAAUUGGGAUUUGUGAUGCAGACAUGUACUAGUGAAACUAUAGAUCUACAGACACAAACAGCUGCACAUGGCAGAGACAUUACAGGUUAUGUUUGGAAUCUGAAUAAUUGAAAGUUCUUCCUCAUGAGAUAGAGAUACAUAUAUAUAUAUAGACUUGUGGAUAUGUUAUGGAUAUUACUAUAUUAAAUUUGCUGCUCCCUUCCCCAAUUUCAUCAUCCAUCCCUCCAAAAAGACUUGUAAAUACAUUUUAAAUGUUUCAAAUUUUAUUGGACCUUUAUCAGCAGCA